UCGUCCACCUGCGGAGGCGGGCCGGGGCUGAGGCGCGCGGCCGCCCGCCUGGCUCGGGGCCACGCCGGUGUUGUCCCGGAGCGUAAAGCGCCCGCCCCUCCGAAUGGGUUUGCGCUCCAGCCUUCACUGCCCCAUGCGGUGUUUGUCCCGCAUUCUCUCCGCGCGUCCUGAGCGGCUCCCACGCGCAGGGCGUGGCGCCAUGUUGGAAACGUGGCCGCGACCUGGGGGCAAGACAGCUGGGCUCCCUGCCCGCACGGAGGACAGGAAAACAGGUGUGCUUCUACCUGGUAGCUGAGAUCUCGGACUUCCAAGGUGUUGGACUGGCCGCUGUCGGUGAAGUACGGGCUGUUGUCACUUUUGGAGGAGAACAAGCUGUCCUGGAGGCCCUGCUGGCAAACAUGACAGAGUGAGCUUUAGGGCUUCCCUCCAGCACAGCUCCUGACUCCAGAAAACUCAAUCUCAGAUUGAUGGAGCCUGGACCCAGGCAGCCUAUGGUGGACAAGACCCAGACUCCGGACUGGAGAGAGCUUGUGAGCUUCUGUGCUCUGGGGACACCUGAGGUGGGGGUGGCCUUAACUUUUCUCUUCCCUGUCUCUGGCUUACUAUCUUCUAAUGCCAAAGAGACUCCAUGUACCUGGCGUGUGAGAGGAAAUAACUAUCAAAAAGCUAAUGCUCGGGCGCCUGGGUGGCUCAGAUGGUUAAGCGUCUGCUUUCGGCUCAGGUCAUGAUCCCAGGGUCCUGGGGUCGAGUCCCAUAUCGGGCUCCCGGCUCAGCGGGGAGCCUGCUUCUCCCUCUGACCCUCGCCCCUCUCAUGCUGUUUCUCUCUCGCUCUCUCUCUAAAAAAUAAAUAAAAUCCUAAAAAAAAAAAAAAAAGCUAAUGCUCAAUAUUUGGAAGACACCAUCCUUGGAAAAGUUGCAUCUUAUUCUAAUGAGUUUUGCACAGCAAAGCCAUUCAAAAUGCUGUUGGGAGAUUUCAGAGGAAGUCCCUCUCAUUGUCAUAGUCCUCAUUGUCAUCAUCUUGUUGUUGUUGGAGUGAUGCUAUAUUUGUACAUCAAAAAAAUCAGUGUUUCAUGGUAUCAACUGAUACCUUUGGUAUUAACCAUCAGCAGAUCCGAAUUCCUUCUGUUUUAUCAGUUCAAUCCUUUAAAUCAUUGAGGCCCCAAAAAAGAAGAACCUGCCUAGUAAGAUUUCCAUUUUUAAAUACAUUUUUCUUUUAUUUCUUAGUGCAUGAAAAAGUGUAUUUAUUAAUAAGUUCCAGUUGAUUCUGAUCUUUUCCCCCAGAGCUGCUCUUCUCACACUGAUGUGUUCCUUCAGUCAAGCAAGCAAGCAUCCAGUACUUGGAGCGCACGUCACUCUUCGGGCUUGGAGUUUGGGAUGUGACAAAGGUGGUUUCUGAGCAGCUUAGAUUUUUUUAUUGAGGUAAAAUUGGUAUAUAACAUCAUAUUAGUUCAGGUAGACAACACAACAAUUCAAUACUUGUGUACACUGCAAAGUGGUCACUACAAUACAGCUAGUUACCAUCUGUCACCAUGCAAAGAAGUGUAGGUCUUAAUGAAUGGCAUAGGUGGUUAGGAUGGAGUGUGACAGGCCAGGUGUAGAGGCAGGCUGACCUCAAGCAUCCAUUCAGGGUAUAUUUACACUGUGUACACUGUGCCUACCUGUGCUUUGUGUGAAAAUAAAAUGACUUAUGACUUAUGUGAAAAUAACAUCCAAAAGUCUCUGUCAAACUUCCUGUAGUGGUGGAGGUCCGAGGUCCUCAGACAGGAUGUUCCAGCCCCAUGGGAGAGGAGGGAAGUCAAUACAGGUGACAGUCUGCAGCAGCAGCUGUGAGUAGUCCCCAGAGUUCAGGGCAGUAUGGAAACAGCAGACCAUAGCUACUUACCUUGUCUGAUGUUAGAACUGUUACCAUAAAGAUCCUAAAUUAUACAGAAAAACCUGGGAAAGAUGAACACCUCAUUUAGCAGCAGGGCAAUCUGGGGAACAGAGGAAUACAAGAGAGAAGGUUACAGGGGAAGGCAAGGGGAGCAAGCUUCAGAGCUCUUGGUAAUUAGUGGUGUGUACAUGAGAGUUCGCUACUCUAUAAACUAAUCUGUCUGAAAUAAUUCAAAAUACGUUUUCCAAGUGAGAGAGGGAGCCCACGAGUACAACUCCAGAAUACUUCUACCUUGCGCCUCAGUUGCCAGUGCCUCCAAGGCAGGAGCCGGCCAUGGAGAUGGAGCAGGACCCAGGGCCUGUGCUCUCAGAGGUGGAGAAGGAGCUCUCUCCUGGGGGAGAUCCAGGGCAGCUAAGAAAGGUGCUGUAUUCCAGGCACAUCAGUUCUGCACCUGACCUUACCACUUCCACCACCAGCACUCACACUGCCUAGUUUUUCCAUUUAAUUCCGUUAAACUAUCAGAAAUUCUAGCAAUUAUUGAGAGACUCAUUUGGGCUAACAUGCAUCCUGUUUGUUUAUAAAAAAGUAAAUGUCUGUAGGGUGGAUAUUAAGUCAAUUGGUAUAAGAUAUGAGUUAGCUCAGAAAUUGUUUCUGUGAACAAAGACCUGGCCAAAAGCUACCCAGGUUAGAUUUCAGGUGGAGGGGUGCCUUAGGAAAGGAGGUCAGACAUUUUGGGGUCUGGAGUAUUACGUGCAGGUGACCUCAUGCCCAAGUGGAUUCCACUUUCCAGAUAAGUGCUUUGAAAAGGUGGAGGGUGCUGGGGCUGUGGGGAAAGAGGUGUCAGAAUGGGGAGACAGAUAAAAGGAGAGAGGUGCUCCCUGUUCCUGGGGGGUUGGGCAGUACCCCUCCCCCAGGCUAAGUAGUCAGGCACAGGCAAGCCAGGGACCUCAUUUGCUGUCUAGGGACUACCUUUCUGGAGCUGCACAGGCAGGGCGACUUUCAGAGGAAGAGAAUUCAUUGCUGGGUUGGGGAUGGCCUCUGUUCCAUUUUGAAAUAUUUCCUUGGCUCCCAGGAAGGAUUUGUUAGACUCUUCCUGAGGUUUUGACAAAUUCUCUGUAUUUUUCAAAUACUUAAAUAUCUAUUCAGCUGACAUCUUAAUCAGUACGACUGUCAGAACAUCACUUGAAUUUCUGACAGGUGACACCGAAAAAAGCAAAAGCAGGUUUAUUUGUAGGUAACCUGCUUGGCUCCUGCUGGGCUACAUUGUAAUUUCUCCUUGUAUUAACUUCUGAUCAAAUUCCUGAGUCAGAAGCAUAGAUUAGAAGGGAACUCAGGGAGCAUGGAGCCCAAGUUCCUUAUUCUAAAAUGGGGAAUCCUUGCCCUUGAGUUGCGACGCACUGAGGACUCAGUGCCUGGCAGAAACACGCAGGGUUUGUUCCUGGCUGGGAGGAUGAGCCUGGGCCUUUACUAAAAUGGUCAGGCCAGGUCUCACACAUCUUUGCCCUGAGGACUGGACCCCCCUUGUCCUCCUCUGGCUGUGCUUCUGCCCAUGGACUGAGGAGUCUGUGGGCCAAGGGCGCUUGCCACUCCAGGCGCCCCAGGCCAGAGGGGCAUUUGUCUGUGGAGUGUGAAUGGAAUGUGGGUAGGCAGGAUGGCAUGACCACAUAGGGCUGUGUGAGUCGUGCGUGGGGCCAGGGUUGGGCAGAGAAGGGGGAUAGGCUGUGGCUUGGGCUGGAAGCUGGCUCCCCUGUGCCACCACAUUCUGGCUGCUGCUCCAAAAGAUCCUGGAAUUUCUGAAUUUACACCUGGCCUUUCAGGUCGUGCAGAAGGUAUAUCAAGAAGAUAAAAACCAUUUUACAGUUCUUAGCUUGAGUGAUAAUUUUAAAACCUCUAGACAUAAGAUAUGUAGCCCUCAUUCUCUUGUUCCAGAUGCCUUAAAUGUUGGGGGAAGAUUGUCACUUGGAACCUUGAGUAAAGAAUUGGAGAAAUGGAAAUUGGAAAUGGAUGUUGGAUUUGGGCAGUUAUUUGUAUCCCAUGCUGUGGUGGCUGAAUUGUCAGACCUUUUCGGCAGAAAGUGUCCCCAUAGCCACUGCUAACUUUAUAUCUUACUCAGGCUAUGAGCACUGCAGUCACAGCUCCUAGGAGUCAUUUCUUGGCAAGGACUGGCUGUAUUCCCACAUCAGAAGUGGCUAUUUGUCAUGGCUACAGAGUGGACUAGGAAUGGGCUGAGCUGUAGUCCUGUCCUAGCAACUCAGGGCCAGACUAGGUGGCCUGUGGCCUUCUCUUUUGGGUGUGGAGUCCUCAGACCUUCUUGUCUUUUCUCUCCCUCCUCUCCAUGGCAGGCAAAGACGCAAGGUGUGCUGGGGUGAGGUGGGGAUAGAGGGUGGGCUCUGCUUCCUUUCUGUCUUCCAGUUUAGCCUCCUGCUUCAAAUCCCACCCACACCCUGAUUUUAGCCAAAGGCCAUUUCUCAAGUAAACAUUUCUCAUGUAAGAUAAGGGUGGAGACCUUCUGCCCCAAUCUCUCGACCCCCUGGCUGCUGUCUGUACCUUCCAGCUCUCUCUAGGGUCUUAUGUCUGCCUGCUGUAGCCAUGUUUUGCACGUAAAUUCUGAUGUUCCUAUAAAAGUUGCCUGCCAUCCUAUCUCAUCGGUUUACUGCGUCUGAGACUCUGAGCUUGACAGACACACAGAUGAAGGAGGCACUGCAGAGUCCCCAGUGUAUGUGAACACAUUUCUGCUUUGCAGUCUCCUUCAGAAAAAGCUACAUCAGCCUAAGUCACAAACAGGAAUGUCAUUUCCCUGUAGGAGUGUGCCUUCGUGCAGAAGUGACCUCACAGGCCCCCUACCCGCCCCUGUUCCCUGAAUCCCUUCCCCUCAGCCCUUUGAUGCCCAGGGAAGAGAGUCCUGCGGCCAUAUUCUCCCUCUGUGGUCCUGGCCAUGAGUUAAAACAGAAAGAUCCUGAGGGAGGAAAGAAAGGUCCCAUUCACUCCCACCGCCCAUGACCGAGGUGACGGCCCAUCACUCACAGAGGCAUCCUGGGGAGCAGCCCCGUUCCACAGUCCUCUCUCCUCCGAGGCCGCCUCAGCCAUGGGGCCCAGCAGUGUCUGUGCCGCUUUGCUGCAGCUUCCUUUCCCCUUAGCUGCUACCAGACAGCACCAGUGUUUUGUCUUUCUCAGAGCUGGGCAAUCUCUGACCCUGGUUCACUGCGCCCCUCUCCUGGCACUCCUCCCAGGCAAGCCCUCCUAUAAACCACAGGCUGUGCGUCUGCCCACUGCCAAGUUAGCACACACGCUCUGGGUACAGGUACAUCAGAUAAUGGCAUCCGUGGCCAAACCCCAGUCCCGCCGCUAGGAAGGUCUGCGGAGGGACUGCAGGGCCUGGGGAGAAGCCCGCGGGGGAGUGUGCUGCCGGCUCCUCUCCUGAGGCCCCUCCAGGGAGAGUCCAGCACCCCAAAGUUCGCCUGUGUCUGCUGUGUCUUGGCCAUGAGUGAAUUCCCAUCUUUGACCCCUGUGGGGUCCUUGGGGAUCCAAGUAAACAGAGGCCCCCAGAGCUCCCCAGAGGAGGUUCCUGCAGCUGCUUCAAAGCCUCGACACAGCCUGGGCACUCUCCAUGUCUCCUACAGUAUCAGCCACCAAGCUGGGCCCUGGUGGGACUUCACAUCUUGCCGGCAGCAGUGGGACAGGCAGAUCCUCAAAGAUGUCUCCUUGUGCAUAGAGAGCGGGCAGGUCAUGUGCAUCUUAGGGAGCUCAGGUAAGCUUGGGAAGGACUUGGGGAAAACCACGCUGCUGGAUGCCAUGUCCAGGAGGCUGCGGCGCACGGGGACCUUCCUCGGGGAGGUGGUUGUGAACGGCCGGCCACUGCACAGGGAGCAGUUCCAGGACUGCUUCUCCUAUGUCCAGCAGAGCGACACACUGCUGAGCAAGCUGACUGUGCAUGAGACACUGCGCUUCACGGCACUGCUGGCUGGGCGUCUUCCAGAGGAAGUUAGACCAAAUUGGGUUUUAUCGUUAAUAGGCAUGUUCUCCCUAGGGUAUGGUGAGUCUGAAAGUGGCCUGAGCACUCAAGGGAAGCAUGCUGCCUCUCCCAUGCCAUCUGCACUCCAUGAAUUGGGGCAGCAGUCCAGCAGUGACCAGCCUUCCUGGACUUUGUGUCUCCUUCAGGUGGACGCAGUCAUGGUGGAGCUGAGUCUGAGCCACGUGGCAGUGAUUGGCAGCUACAGCCUUGGGGGGAUUUCCAGUGGCGAGCGGUGCCGGGUCUCCAUCGCAGCCCAGCUCCUCCAGGAUCCCAAGGUCAUGCUGUUUGAUGAGCCUACCACAGGCCUGGACUGCAUGACAGCAAAUCAGAUCGUUGUCCUCCUGGCAGAGCUGGCUCACAGGGACCGCGUUGUGAUUGUCACCAUCCACCAGCCACGCUCCGAGCUCUUCCAGCUCUUUGAUAAAAUUGCCAUUCUGAGCUACGGAGAGCUGGUUUUCUGUGGAACACCAGCGGAAAUGCUUGAUUUCUUCAGUGGCUGCAGUUACCCUUGUCCCGAACAUUCAAACCCUUUUGACAUUUAUAUGGACCUGAUAUCAGUGGAUACCCAAAGCAAAGAACGGGAAAUAGAAACCUACAAGAGAGUUCAGAUGAUUGAAUCUGCCUACAAAGAAUCAGCAAUUUAUCGCAAAACCUUGGAGAACAUUGAAAGAACAAAACACUUGAAAACAUUACCAAUGGUUCCUUUCAAAACCAAAGAUUCUCCUGGAGCUCUCUCUAAACUGGGUGUUCUCUUAAGGAGAGUGACGAGGAACUUAAUGAGAAAUAAGCUGGCGGUGAUGAUGCGUCUCGUUCAGAAUCUGAUCAUGGGUUUGUUCCUCAUCUUCUAUCUUCUGUGGGUCCAGAACGAUGUGCUGAAGGGUGCUGUCCAGGACCGCGUGGGGCUCCUAUACCAGCUUGUGGGUGCCACCCCAUACACAGGCAUGCUCAACGCUGUGAAUCUGUUUCCUGUGCUGCGAGCUGUCAGCAACCAGGAGAGCCAAGACGCCUUACCCCGGAAGUGGCAGAUGCUGCUGGCCCACGUGCUGCACGUGCUCCCCUUCACUGUCCUUGCCACCGUGACAUGCAGCAGUGUGUGCUACUGGACUCUGGGCUUAUAUCCUGAGGUUGCCAGAUUUGGAUAUUUCUCUGCUGCUCUCUUGGCCCCCCACUUAAUUGGUGAAUUUCUAACUCUUGCGCUACUUGGUAUGGUCCAAAACCCAAAUGUGGUCAACAGCAUUGUGGCUCUGCUCUGCAUUGCUGGGAUACUUGUGGGAUCUGGAUUAGUAAGAAACACAGAAGACAUGUCCAUUCCUUUUAAAAUCUUCAGUUAUUUUACAUUCCAAAAAUACUGUGAGAUUCUUAUAGUCAAUGAGUUCUAUGGACAGAAUUUCACUUGUGGCAGCUCAGAUGGUUCUGUGACAACUAAUCCAAUAUGUGCCUUCACUCAAGGAAUUCAGUUCAUUGAGAUAAUCUGCCCGGGUGCAACAUCCAGAUUCACAACAAACUUCCUGACUUUGUAUGCCUUUAUCCCAGUUCUUGUCAUCCUAGGAAUAGUUGUUUUUAAAAUAAAGGAUCAUCUCAUUAGCAGAUAGUAAAGAACACUGCUGCUAAAAUGACCUUAAGCCCUAGAGGUGCAGGACUACUUUGAAUGUCUGAAAUAAGAAAGCCACGUGUUUCGUGAUAGUACAUCUUAAGUCUUUUAACUCCAUCUGUGCCCCUCAGAUCCAUGCAGGCUUUGAAUGAUAUUCCGACUCGCAGGGACAUGUGCUAUUUGGAAACUGUGAGUGAGCUGGUCCAAAAAUGUAAAUAGUAGUAAUUCAUAAAGUCAUGGGAGACUAGUGUGACUGUUUUCUUUGUUCUAGACACAGAAAAAUAGGUCAGUUAAAAAAUGUUCACAGGGCACCUGGCUGGCUCUGUUGGUGGAGCAUGCGACUCUUGAUCUCAGGGUUGUGAGUUCGAGCCCCACGUUGGGUGUAGAGACUACUUAAAUAUAAAAAACAUUUUUUUUAAAUUAUGCUUACAAACAAAAUUAUGCUUACAUUUGAUAAAAGAUUUGUUAAAAAGAAAAUUUGGUUAUUGACUGUAAGUAACAAAAAAGAGUUGUGGGUUUGAGUGAAGCAAAGCAUCCUGCAAAAUUGGGGGAUGGGUGGGAAUGCUUUAUCAUUGAAAAACCCACAUUUAUGUGUACAUGUCCACAUGAGGGUCUGAGUUACCCAGUCAUACUGAAAGGAUGUUGGACAGAUGCUGGAUGAUGAAGACCCCUGAUACAGAGCACCUGGUGAUUUUUUGGGAGAUAAAAAUGAAAACCUGCGGGAAUGGGCUGAACUGAGAUCACAGCAUACCAGACAGACCUCAGGGGGAGCGCUUUCUCCACGGCACUUGGGCAGGGUGCCUGUCUACACCUAAGACUGAGGGUCUUUGGAAACAUGCUGAAACUCCUGUUGUCAAGAGUGCUGGAAUCACAUGGACUGCAAAAUAAGAGAGAAGAGCGCAAGGAUAUAAAUAGAAGGAUAUUCACUGUGUAUCCUGGGGCAGGACUGGAAACAACUUGGCUGUCUCUCAGUAAGGACGUUAUUAACAUCAGCGCUCGUUCACAAGGGCUUCAUGGGCAGCCAGCAAAAAUAGUGGUAUAUGUGCCACAAGAAGAAAAAGGUUGGAGUGAGGACGGGAUGCCUCCACUUUGUUUUAUAGACUUCUAUAUCUUUUGAGGGUUGUUUUUCAUAAUGAGUAUAUGUUACUUUUACAAUUCAUAAAAUUCUAAUAUGGGUGGAAACCCUGCACGAGAUGAUUCAUAUGCAAAGGCAUUAUCAAAGGGGAUUACCUCCUGGCUUCUUACAUGUUGUUCAGUGUCUCAAUAACUGUACAAAGUAUAUUAUUUCAGAUGAGCAGAAAGUGGUUUACUCUGCAAGAUAAGGCAAUCACUGUUCUUUGGCUAACAUAACUGAAGUUCAUAGUUGCCAUGAAAAGAAAAUUCCAUUCUCAUUUUCAGAAAAAUUGUGGAUUGUCUCUUUUAUACCUAUACUCAAGUUACUUAAGUUUAAAUGUUCAAAGUUUUAAAACUGAAGACAGACUUUGGAAGAGUUUUUAUAUAAUAACUCCAAAGUAGUCUUUGCAGAUUGGUUUAUUUUCUUAAAAUGAAGUUAACUGAGUUCACCAGUCAUCUACCAUAUAGGGUUUCAAAGACUAUUAAGUCAUAAGGAAUAAACAGUAGUUAUCUUGCUUUUAAUUGGAAGAACUGUAUUAUUUUUACCGAUGAUAAGGGUGAGGACAUUGCUUUGAGAGUCUUUGCUAAAGAUAUUUAUCUCCCUUCUGCAGAGAGCAAACUGAGAGAAGAACAGGGCUGGUCACACAGGCCAUGUCACAAAGAAUGAGUGAUGAGUGAUGUGAUACCGAACUCACCACGACCACUAAACCUUCAAUACUCCUGUCAUGGGAAGUCAAAAUAAUAUGAUUUAAUUCUCUAAAGGAAGAGCAAGGCCCCUGAAGGUGAAAGGCUAGUGCUGAGAAAAAUACCCUAGUCCCUACUCCCGUGGAUGGCUGUGUUCGGCUUACCCUCGCUACAGCGUGACGGCCCACGUGACAGCUCUACAGACCCCACCCAAGAGGCUGUCGGGGCACUCAAUUUACAGUGCUUGCUGUAAAUUUGGGUUCUGCACAAUGUCUCGUUUUAGAGAUCCGGGAAAAUUUUAAGUAUCGGGUCAUGAUGAAUUUGCCAACUUUUGCAUUCUUACAUCAGACUUUUCUAUCGCAAAUGGCGCUAGCUGGGCAUAUGUGGAACACAGUCUCCAUUUUCAACCAUUUUCCUGAGAGAUCCUGUGUUUGCACGCUUUCAGACUGGUAGUCCUGAAUUUUUCUGGUACAAGAAGAGUUUAAGUAUGUCUGAAUAUUCUAACAAAAACCAAAAACAUUUAAAUAAUCCCACAGACAAAAGAAUAUUGUGAAAUGGUCUCCCCAGCAGCAAGGUAAGAAUCACUACCCAUCUUCAACAUAAAGUUAACUGGAAAACCCAAAGAGGAUAUGUGAACAUUAUGUCAUCUCUGGGUGGUGGAAUGAUUUAAAUUCCUUCUUCAUGCACAUCAGAAUUUUUUUUUAUAUAGUAAAGAUGUAUUAUUUCAGUUUUUUUUUUUUUUAAGAUUUUAUUUUUAAUAAUCUCUACACCCCGCAUGGGGCUCUAACUCAUGACCCCAAACAUCAAGAGUUGCACAUUCUA